AUGGAAAACCCGGGGGCUUAUACUAUACCUUGUGCUAUUGGGUUGACAAGCUUCACAAAAGCUUUGUGUGAUUUGGGGGCUAGUAUCAAUUUGAUGUCAUAUGUCAUAUUCAAAAGGUUAGGUUUGGGGGCUCCUAAACCUAUCACAAUAAAGUUGUUAAUGGCGGAUCGAAUGUUGAAGAAACCAUUGGGUGUCAUCGAUGAUGUCAUUGUCAAAAUGGAUCAUUUCUAUUUCCCCGCUGAAUUUUUAAUAUUGGAUUGUGAAGUGGAUGUAGAAAUUUCAAUCAUCCUUGGCAGGUCUUUCUUGGCUACCGGGCGAGCUAUUUGUGAUGCUGAAGUGGGAGAGCUUAAAUUUAGAUUGAAGGAUGAAGAGGCAAUUUUUAAUAUACAAAAGUCAAUAAAACAACCACAUGACUAUGGUGUGAUGUACGUAGUUGAUGUGGUGGACGAUGUGGUAGACGAUGACAUGGAAGAUAUUUACAUUGAAUAA